UAACCAAUCAGAAUCGACCGACUUCACACAGUCCCACCAACCGACCGACUGAUGGACCGACCCGCCAGACAGAUGUAAUUAGCUUCAAAUCGAAAUGGACUAACAAAAAAAAGUUUUAUUAGCGUCAACUACCGAUGGAUGUAAAAGUAUUCUUCUUCUUUCUAUUUGGACUUAAUGAAAUAUUGCAAGGCCCCAGCUGUUGCAUGGCCACAGUUUGCCGUGGUACAAGUCAGAAGCUGACGCAUUCUGGCUCAGCAAUGUUCAGAUAUGAUUCACUACGGAGAAAAUACACGAACUGUACAUAUAUUGAAGGCAACUUGGAAAUUGUUUUUCUCAAUAACAAGUCAAUUAAAUAUGACUUGUCAUUCCUAGAGACUAUCAGGGAAAUUACUGGUUAUGUUCUAAUAAUUGACGUUUAUGCGGACUACAUCCCCCUAACUAAUCUUCAGAUUAUACGCGGAAGGGAACUUUUUAAACAUAAAGAAAGUGACUACAGUUUAUUUGUAGCAAGUAACUACGAAAGAGGAACUAAAAAAGUUGGUCUGAAGGAACUACGUUUCAAAUCACUUGGAGAAAUCCUAAAUGGAAAAGUUGCUUUCAUGAACAACAAUUUGCUGUGUUAUGAAAUGACCAUUAAUUGGACGGAUAUUAACCCAACAUCGGAUCCUCCAGCUGAAUUUUUCUUUGCUUCUGACUUUGACAGACGAAAAUGUAAACCCUGUCAUCAUAGCUGUUACCAUAAUAGCACAAACAAGCUGAAUUGUUGGGGUGCAGGACCAGACAUGUGCCAAAAAUUAAGCCAGGGUGCUGUGUGCAGUGCUUCCUGUGACAACCGGUGUUUCGGUAAACUACCAAACCAAUGUUGCCAUGCUGAAUGUGCUGGUGGAUGUACUGGACCCAAGAAUACUGAUUGUUUGGCUUGUCGAAGAUUCAAGAAUGAAGGCGAAUGUGUUGCUUUUUGUCCUCCUAUGACAAAAUAUAAUGCCGUUACAUUUGAGAUGGAAAAGAAUCCAAACUACAAAUAUUCUUAUGGAUCUCUUUGUGUUAAGAAUUGUCCAAGUCACAUGUUGAAAGAUGAUUCUGCUUGUGUAAGGAAAUGUCCUCCAAACAAACAAGCAAUCAACAACACCUGCGUACUGUGUGAAGGAGUUUGUCCAAAAACUUGCAAUGGAACUAAAAGUUGGUUGAAUUCAAAAAACAUUGCUUCUUUCAAAGACUGUACCAUUAUCGAAGGCAAUUUAAUUAUGUUAGGUGUAACAUUUAAAGGGGAUCCCAGUUUUCUAAUUAGGCCUCUAGUUCUGAAACACCUUGACAAUUUAAACAGCGUGCAAGAAAUAACUGGACGUUUCACCAUACAGGAAAGUCCUGUGGAACUAAAGAAUCUCUCCUUCUUCAAAAACUUGGAAGUCAUUGGUGGACGAAACGAAGCUGUCCUAGGAAAAUCCCUUUUUAUUUUGAAGACACAACUUGAAUUUCUGGGGUUGACCAAACUAAAACAUAUCCGCAAUGGCAAUGUGGUAAUCAAGCAUAAUGAUAACUUGUGCUAUGCUGAAACCAUAAAGUUCAAUUCAAUAUUUACAUCUCCCGGACAGAAACCGUAUGUCUCUGAAAAUGGUAACAACUGCGAAAACAAGACAUGUGAUCCUCAAUGCAAGAAUGGAUGUUGGGGUGCUGGUCCUGAACGAUGCUUAGAAUGUGCCAAUUACCAUAUUCAUAAAGCAGCUCCUUGUAUUGCUUCUUGUUCCAGUGUGCCAUUACAUUAUGAUGCUGGCAAUAAAAUAUGCAAGAAAUGUCAUCCACAAUGUGCCAACAAUUGCACUGGACCUGGAGAACAUGAAUGUGACAGCUGUUUAAAAGUACAACAUGGUCCUAACUGUAUGAGUCACUGUCCACCAAACAUGUUUCCAAACCAAAAAAAGAUUUGUCAAGUAUGUCAUAUCAACUGUGAUGACGGAUGUUCUGGCCCAAGUUCUGAACUAAAAAUUGGUGGUUGUAAUAGCUGUAAAAUUGGACUCCAGCAGAGUGAUGGCAGAGUUUUAUGUUUUUCAAAGGAAAGUUCUGAAUGUCCUGAUGGUUUCCAUCCAACUUACAAGAAUAAAAUGAAACAAAUGAAUGGCAAAAUUUUAUGUGUUCCUUGUCAUAAAGAAUGUGAAACGUGUUUUGGUGAAGGGAAUUAUUCCUGCAGAAAAUGUCGCAACUUUAAGAUGAAGCCAUACUGCACAAGCAAAUGUUCGAACAACUAUUUUAGUGAUAGAGAACAGAUGAAAUGUAUUGAAUGCCAUAACGAGUGUUUGAAUGGCUGUCAUGGUCCUACAUCAUCUGACUGUGUUGCCUGUCGCAAUUUAAAGAUUUAUUUAAACAACAACCAAACUAUGUUUAACUGCACGGCAGUCUGUCCAUUAUUUAAGCCAUAUUCGGUACAAGAUGAAGAGCUGAGAGGUCGUACUGUCUGUGUUGAUGACAGCCAUCCUGUGAUACUUGCAAGAAUACAAGAAAAACAGAAGAAAACCAAUUAUAUCAUCAUUGGUGCCGUAAUCGGAGUACUUAUGAUAGUUUUCUCUACUGGUUUUGCAAUCUAUUACUCCUGUAAACGAAGGCGAGAAAUAGCAGCUGUUACCAAAUUAAAUGCUGCAAUGCUAGGUUAUGAUGAAAACGAGCCUCUCAAUCCAACUGAUAUAAAACCUGAUUUGGCCCAACUUCGAUUAAUUAAAGAAUCCGAACUUAGAAAAGGUGGCAUAAUUGGAUCUGGAGCAUUUGGAACUGUCUAUAAGGGAUUCUGGAUUCCUGAUGGAGAAAAUGUGAAGAUUCCUGUUGCAAUCAAAGUUCUCCAAGAAGGAACAUCACCAAGCCAGAAUAAGGAACUGUUAGAGGAAGCUCGAGUAAUGUGCUCAGUUGAUCAGCAAUGUUGUAUCAGAAUAUUAGCUGUGUGUAUGACUGCUCAGAUGAUGUUGAUUACACCCCUCAUGCCACUCGGUUGUCUGCUCGAUUAUAUCCGCAAAAAUCAGAAAGCUAUAGGAUCCCAAGUUCUACUCAACUGGUGUACACAGAUUGCUAAGGGUAUGGCUUAUUUAGAGGGCAGAGCCAUUGUCCACAGGGAUUUAGCAGCUAGGAAUGUUUUAUUGCAAACUCCUAAUCAAAUAAGGAUUACAGACUUUGGUUUAGCCAAAUUACUCGACUAUAAUGAAGAAGAAUACAUAGCUGCUGGUGGCAAAAUGCCAAUUAAAUGGUUGGCUCUUGAGUGCAUCCAGCACAGGAUAUUUACUCAUAAAAGUGAUGUAUGGAGUUAUGGGGUCACUGUCUGGGAGUUGUUUACGUAUGGCCAGCGACCCUAUGAAAAUGUCCGAGCAGCACAUGUACCAGACUUGCUAGAGAAAGGAGAACGUCUACCACAGCCAAACAUUUGCACAAUCGAUGUCUACAUGAUAAUGAUUAAAUGCUGGAUGUUGGAUGCUGAAAGCAGACCCUCUUUUAAUGAAUUAGAGGUUGAAUUUGGUAAAAUGUCAAGAGAUCCUGGACGCUAUUUGGUCAUUGAAGGAGAUAAACUGAUGCGACUUCCAAGUUUAACAUACGACAAAAGGGAUUUACUCCAGAGUUUAAGUUUAGUGACUGAAGGUCCCGAAGAACUAGUAGAAGCAGAAGAUUAUUUGAUGCCACAGUCAUCUCAAGUAGCAGCAGAUGGCAAUGGAGACAAUAAUAAUGAUGGUACAAAGAUAGCUUCAGGAAAUUCUCCAGAAGAUGUCUUUCACCCAGAUGUCGGCAUUGAAAAACAAAAUGAACUUGAUAACAGACGUCGAGAAAAACGUUAUGGCCAUCUUGAAUCAGCAGCAGCCGCUCGACAUCAACGACAGAUGGAUCCCAAUCGCGGCCAUUUAGACAGCAUUAAUUCUCGUUAUAGUACCGAUCCUAUUAAAUAUUCAAGAGACAGAGAUGAUAUCAUUGAAAUUGAUCCAAACCACAUGAUGGGAAUUCAACCCAAACUGGCUCCUUCUGCACCAUUCCAUACCUCACGUCAGUUACCUGUUGAUGAAGAUGAUUACCUUCAACCAAAGUCAGUGAAUCCAGCAGCCUACAUUGAUAUUAAUGGUAGCACAGAUUCUUACAAGAAUAAUUAUGAACCAACAAAUGAUGAAUUAAUGAAAGACAUACUUGGAGCUACCACGAUGGCUUCUGUAGAAAAUCCUGAAUAUUUUGAACAGAACAAUAGAAAUGUUUCCAUUCCUGGUGUUGGCAACAAUUUUCCUUGGAAAGACGGAAAUGGGGUUACAUACUACAAUGAUAUAUCUAAAUUGGACAAAACACAUCAAGAAUUUCAGCCUUUAAUAAUUGGUGAUGUCAACUCAGAAACAAGAGUGUGAUUUAUGAUUGAAGACUUAUGACUGUAGCCAUUAGUAGUGGCCACAUCAACAAAAUAUUUUGUUCAUGCUGACAUUAUCCCUAACCCCUUGAUGUCAGUUAUUUGAAGCCCUGUGUUUAGCAAACAAACUGGAUGGGCAAAUUAAAACUGGAUUAUACCAUCAAGAAUUGGCCAAUUCUUAAAUAUAAAUGGCAUAAUUUGAAAAACUAUCAUCCUUCCUCUUGCACUUGACAACCUGUAUCAAGGUGGCGAGAGCUGUAGGGACUUGUUUGUAGAUUUUGACUUUUUGUAGUAAAAGAAUUAAAAAUAACUAAAAAAAAAAAAA